UCCACAGAGGCUAAGUUCCUCCAGGACCUGGGCUUCCGCAUGCUCAACUGUGGCCGGACCGACCUGGUGAAACAGGCUGUCAAUCUGCUGGGGCCUGAUGGCAUCAACAGCAUGAGUGAACAGGUUAGUUAGACACACACACACACACACACACACACACACACACACACACACAAAUGCAUACAUGCAAGCACAUACACGCGCACGCACACACACACACACACAGUACAUCGAGCAGACGUAACACAAAACCAAACGGACACCUUGCAGGCAGGCAAGCACUGGCAAAGAUGCUUAUACACUUACACACAUAAACUUACCCCUUCGGCCUCAUGUACACAUGGAUGGAUACACACACACACACACACACACACACAUACAUGCCCACACCCACAACCACCCACCCAUGUUCUCAACUCAAUUUGACCUGCUACUUUUUUUCUUCUCUGUGGUGAACGUGUGAAACUCAGUAUUGCCCACUCUCUCCUACACACAUCAGUCCAUUGGGACAACACACACACACACACACACAGCUAUGUCUUACUAUACUUGUGAGGACUUUUUGUGGACCAUUCAAAAUCCUAUUUUCCUUAACCUCUAACUCUAAACUUAACCCUAACCCUGCCCCACUCAUUAUUGAACCUUUAACCUGUAUUUUUAACUUGACAAUUGCUGCUGGUGUUUUCGCUAAGAAUUGGAAAGCGGCACGUCCUCCCCCUACAUAAAGGCGGAGAUCCUUCUGACUUACAUAAUUACUGCCCAAACUCCCAAGUUAUUUUGCGAAGCCAAGGUACUACAAUCCCUGACCAACUCCCAGCAAAUAACUUUUUUAACUUCUCACGCUAUUCUAAACAUGCACUAGUCUGGUUUUAUAUGAUGUGUUAAAUUGCCUAGAUCAUAAAAAACAUUGUGCUGCCCUAUUUAUAGACCUUUCCAAGGCAUUCGACACCAUUGACUAUUCCCUACUCAUUCAAAAACUGUCUGAAAUGGGCCUGGACAAGGAGUCUUGCAAAUGGUUUAAGAGCUAUCUAACAGACAGGACACAAUGUGUGCUUUCUGAUGGUGUCAAGUCUAGUUUCCUCAAUAUUACGAAAAGUGUACCGCAGGGGUCGGUAUUGGGACCUGUUCUCUUUACUAUUUAUAUAAAUAAUAUUGGUCUAUGUAUUAAAUCCUGUAAUAUUCAUCUGUAUGCAGACGAUACUGUUAUGUAUGCCAUUGUCCCAACUGUAGACCAGCCGUUGUUAGAGCUGCAAUCUGAUUUUGUUGAAUUACAGAAAGCCCUUGUUGAUUUUAAACUUGUACUUAAUGCGGGCAAAACUAAAUAUAUUAUUUUUCUCUAAUUCACGGAAAAAUUUCUCAGAUGGGCUACAUAUUCACUCAUUGGAUGGCUCUCUCAUCGUUCCCGCCAAUAAAUAUCUGGGUGUCUGGAUUGAUAAAAAUCUAACAUUUAAAAAACAUACUGAUGAGUUAGUUAAAAAGCUAAGAUUUAAUGUGGGCUUCUGUUUUAGAAAUAGAUCUUGCUUCACCAUGAACAGAAGGAAGAAGUUUUAAUAAUCAUUACUGCAUCCUGUAUCAGAAGGUCGGCUGGACCUCUCUAAAGUCCCGUAGAACACGUCAUUACUCCCUUCUUGUUUACAAAGCUCUGCUCUACAAGCUUCCAACAUACACUAUACUGACAGGUGUAUAAAAUUGAGCACACAGCCAUGCAAUCUCCAUUGACAAACAUUGGCAGUAGAAUGGCCUUACUGAAGAGCUUAGUGACUUUCAACGUGGCACCGUCAAAGGAUGCCACCUUUCUAACAAGUCAGUUCGUAAAAUUUCUACCCUGCUAGAGCAGCCCCAGUUGCUGUUAUUGUGAAGUUGAAACGUCUAGGAGCAAUAACGGCUCAGCCGCAAAGUGGUAGGCCACACAAGCUCACAGAACGGGACCGCCGAGUGCUGAAGCGCGUAGAGUGUAAAAAUUGUCUGUCCUCGAUUGCAACUCUCACUACCGAGUUCCAAACUGCCUCUGGAAGCAAUGUCAGCACCAGAAGUGUUCGUCGGGAGCUUCAUGAAAUGUGUUUCCAUGGCCGAGCAGCCAUGGAAACAAUGGCAUAUUAUUACUUGUUGUAAUAACCUGAUGUAAUGUGUUUAUAGCUGUCUAUAGUUUUUAUAUUUUAGUUGUUGUGUUGAUGGAAUGUUUGUCUUCAGGGCACCAUUGCAAUUGAGACAACUAAUUCCAACCCUAACCAGAAUUCUAACCCUAACCCUAAACCCAACUCCUAAGACUAAAAUAGUUAGGACCGGCAAAAUGUCAUCACUUCUCUGAAUUUUAGUUGGUUUACUCUUCUUGUGAGGACUUCUGGUACUCACAAGUAUAGUCAAACGUGUAUACACACACACACACAUCUAGUGUACCAGCCACAUUAAUUUUUCAGUUUUUAGUUUGAGGCUGUUCUGAGCUGAGGAACGCAACUCAUUCCCUCCAGACUGCCUCCUGUCUUUGAUGUUUAGACUGAAUGAGGAGCCCAGUGGAAACACACUGGCUGUUCCCAGUGCCUUAGGGAGCUGCAGAACAUUACUCCUCUGAGUUUUCCAUGACCGAUGCCACACGCUACUGUAGUUAAUCAAAGUGGCUGGAGGGAGAAAUGUCAAACAUGGUGUCCAAGUGUGCUGUAAGCAUAUCCAAGAAGUCAGAUACAGGUCAAGCUGAGGAUUGUUGCCAUGUGUUGAUGGCUUUGACCUGUGCUCAUGUAACGGAGGUAGUUCAGUGAACCACGCUCGCAUGAUGAGUAGUAACCUUGUCUAAGACCGGAAGACUUGUGUUAGCUCCCCGAGGUAAUGCCUAGGCUUUAGCUCUGCGAGCUAACACAGUAUUGUGGGGCACAGGAGAUACUGUAUGUCUUCGAACCCAGAUGAUCAAACUCACAGUGUAAAGACAGUGUAAAGCAACCAUCCACUGUCAUACAAAAACGAUGUCCUUGACAUCUGCUUCAUAUCUGCUUUAUUCAACUCACAUAACCCUGAACAUCUGGACUAUCUGUCAAACAAAACCCUAACUGUAAUGUGACCAAUGUAUAUUCUGACCCCUGACCCCUCUGAUGUACAUCAGGGGAUGACCCCUCUGAUGUACGCCUGUGUGAGAGGGGACGAGGCCAUGGUCCAGAUGCUGUUGGACGCUGGAGCAGACAUCAACAGUGAGGUCAGUGAUGAUGACAACACCAUGUUGUGUAGAAUGAUUUGUAUGUAGCCUGUUCCCAGAUCUGUUUGUGUUGUCUUGCCAACUCCCAUGGUCAUUGUCUCGUUUGGCGUGACAAUGACCAUAUGAGUUGACAAGUCAGCACAAACAGAUUUGGGAUCAUUCUAAUUUAUGUGGUGUGAGACAGGAGAAAACCCAGAUUGUGCUGUCCCUCAUCUGUCCCCACUCCUCCUCUCCUGUUGCCAUGCUGUAUGUAUAGUGAGAAGAGGGUACGGUCAUAAUCAUGAGGCACGGGCCACAAUACUGUUUACUGUACACAAUUCAAUGACACACUGUUUACAAUUUCAUUACACAGACAUAACUGUAAGCUUACCUUUUAGCUAUGCCUUUGGUACGAAGAAUGAUAAGAGAACAUUAAAUACUAUACUAAUAUGUUUGAGGCAUUUCUCAAGGAGCCCCUGAUAAGCUUUGGGGGAUCUUUGGUUGUAGCCUACUUACAGUAAUGGUGGCCUAUGCCUGUUGGUCCUAGUCUUGUUGAGUCAUCUCAUGACUGUGUAACCCACCAGCCAUCACGUCAGAGUUAAUGUCGGCCAUGAUAGUGGUAACCCUAGAACAAAGCACUCAACACAACACUCCAGUAGGCUGAGGAUGGAUUAUGUAAUUGCUUAUUUUGAGGUUAUAAUGAUUCAUCUAAAUAAAGUUAAAUGGAGCAUGUGACUGUUGUGAUUGAUUAGGCAACAGGACACUGUUUGUUGCUUCCAAUAUUUCUGAAGCACUGCACACAGCAGGUCAAAAAUAUUAAACGUGUUACUUUUGCCUCUGCGUAUCCUCUGAGUAAUUAAGGUCAGGAAAAGUAAAUUAAAGCAAAGCAAAUUAGAGAAAAGUCAAUUAGAGAAAAGCUCGAAAUGAGUGUCCGCUUCAGAGACUCUGAGAGAUGCUCGAGGGAAUUGUGUGUGCUUUGUUCACGGGUCUCUGCUCACAGCCUCACAUUCAUGUGCUCCCAGUUGUUGUCUCAGCCCCUGAUUGACUGUUUGCCUGAGAGGAGAUGUGGUCUAGUUACUGAGGUGAACUUAGGUCAGCCUUGGACUCCAGACAGACAGACCAAGGCUGGAAAAGAGUGGAAAGUGGAAAGUAUCUUUGAGUACUACACUAUUAAGCAGAACUAGACAGAAUCGAUCGAGUUGGUUUAGCAACAAAACCAGCAGGAUGUCCGCUUUUGCUGCAGGCUAACUAGCUAAUUACCUAUGGGUCGUAUUCAUUAGGUCAUGCAACGGAAAACGUUUUAAAACAUUUUGCAACAGAAGACAGAAAUUAGCUUUUUUAUUGUCUAUAAGUCCAAGUAGACCCUCCCUGUUUCAAUCACAACAACCCCCCCCCCCCCCCCCCCCCCCCCCCCCCCCCGUUUGGUGCCUAAUAAAUACGAUUCAGCUCUCCUUUAGACUCGCUCCUUUAGCUGCUUGUCUUUGCUGCAUAGACUAGAAUUUUAAUGGCUUUAUAUCUCUCUUCCCUGAACCUCCCUGAUGACUUCCCAGGUGCCAAACACAGUGCACAAGCACCCCUCAGUCUACCCCGAAACGCGCCAGGGGACACCUCUCACUUUCGCCGUGUUACAUGGACAUGUCCCUGUUAUGCAGGUAGUGAUGUCAUCCUUUCUCACCUCAUUGUGUUUUCUGUCUGUUCACCUCUCAUUGUGCAUCAUAUAGUGUCAUGCAGGGUGGGGGUCAAUUCCAUUUCAAUUUAGACAAUUCAGGAAGUCAACAGAAUUUUUGUUUUUCUAAUUGAAAAGCAUUGAGAAAAAUUGUAAUUAGAGGUUUGGUUUACUUCCUGAAUUGACUGAAUUGAAAUGGAAUUGACCCCAAUCUUGGUGUCAUGGUUAUUAUUAUCAUGACAUAAAUGGUGAUAAUAACAGCUCAAAUGUGUUUUCUCCUAAUUCUAUGUCUAUUGAAUGUCAUUGAAUGCUAAGUGACCUGAGCUUGAAAACCCAAUGGAAACUGGUUGAAAUGGAAACACUCAAUAUGUUUAGGAGUGUUUGUCCCAAAACGUGUCCCAUUUUAUUGUCAGAAAAGUACUAGUUUGAACGAUUGUGUCAUUCUCUACUUCCUCCUGAUUAAGUGCACGUGGCACACACUGCAUUAACUUAGUGGAAACAGGACAAUCUGUUUGUCCACGUUGCUAAUGGUUAUCAAACACAAUACAUCAACAUUGAAAUGAUCUUUCCACUGAAUUGCUAGAACUAAUUAGCUCUACUUCUUAAAUUAAAAGGUGUAGCAGGACUUUUUCCACAGCCUCAUCAAGGGGUUUCGGAAGUACAUGGGAAUCACUUGGGCGGAAAGAAGAAAAACAGGAUUUGUGGUUGAAUAAAUGCAGAUUUAGUGUCCAGGCUCUUUCGGGUAGAACUUUCUCUAAGCACCUGUAAUGUUCAGUCAGAUUUGGUUGGGGGCUUUUCAGUUUCAUAAUUUCACACUCCAUUUCCCAAGCCAUCUGUUCUGCCAGGCUGUAAUAUUGUACUAUCCAGUAUGUGGUUCAGGUUGUACUAUCUGAGUCUAUCUUGGUGAUGGGCCACUGAUGCUCAUACCAACCCUUCAGAGAGUGAAGAUAAGUCUGACUCCACGUGUCUCCCCCCUGCCUUACCCCUGCCUCACCCCCUGCCUUCCACAGCUGCUACUGGAUGCCCGGGCCAACGUAGAGGGCUCCCUACAGGAUGGCAUGGAGAACUACACAGAGACCCCACUACAGCUGGCCUCCGCUGCAGGUACACUGCUGGAACAGCAUGCCUCUGACAGCCUGCAGCCGACCUUGCACAACCAACCUGGACAACAUCAUGGCACUGCUGAUAAUAACCACAAGAUGCAGUGGGAUGUUAUGAAUAGGCCCUGGAGUUUUGCCUGACCACCUGACUAGGGAAAUCUCAGGACCCUAAAUUGGGGAAAUAAUUCAGUUUAGUUUUUCAGGGAGAUCUAGCGUACACAUGCGCACACACACACAGACACCUUGCAGGUAUACAGAUGUAGGAUCUUAAUUUGAUCCAGUUUGCUACAGCAGGAAAAUAAUAAUCCUGCAGCAACAGGAAAUGUGAAUUAUUAUGUGGAUUACAAUUAAUGGACAUUUUUUGUAGGGGUUGAUACAUUUUUCAUUUGGGCAAGUAAAUUCUGACAUUUUUAAGUGGAAAUUACAAACUUUAAAAGCCUUUUUAAACCUUGAAUACACUACAAGUUUGCAUUUCCUGCACACUUCUCAGCAACAAAAGUGAUAAAAUUAAGAUCCUACAUCUGUAGGCACACUAGCGAAGAUGUUCACACACACAAACGCACACCUACGGCCUCAUGUACACAUGCAUGGAUUGACACACGCACACAACAUCUGCAACAAGCCACCCUCAUACACACAUUCUCAGCUCAACUUGACCCGGAACUUGACCUGCAACAUUCUCCUCCCCUAGGUAACUUUGAGCUGGUCAGUCUGCUGUUGGAGAGGGGAGCAGACCCCAUGGUGGGAACUAUGUACCGUAAUGGCAUCUCUACAGCCCCUCAGGGAGACAUGAACUCCUACAGUCUAGCCGCAGCACAUGGACACAGGUAACACUUAAAUAGUAUGAGCAAAACACUUUACAGAGAAAACACAUCUCUCAUUCUUGCUCUCUCUCUUUCUGCGCCUCUGUCUCUCUGCCUAUCUCUCUUUCUUUCGCAUGUGUGCACGCACACACCGGACACCCCCCACACAUGCACAUUGCAUCUACUUGUAUUGACAUCAUCAUACCUUACAUUAUCGCCACUAUCACUACUAACAAAUAUAUCUGUCUGCUAUCCUCCCUGUAAAGGAACGUGUUCCGUAAGCUGCUGUCCCAGACAGAGAAAGGGAAGGGGGACGUGCUGUCCCUGGAGGAGAUCCUGGCUGAGGGGACAGAGGAGGAGAGGGGCCUGGAGGAGAGGAGCCCCUCCCAGCUGGACCUGGUCCGGACGGGCAAGGCCAAGCUCAAGGCCCUGAGAGAGGCCAUGUACCACAGCUCUGAACACGGACACGUGGAUAUCACCAUCGACAUACGCAGCCUGGGUGAGUACAUACUUUGGUAACACUUUAUUGGGAUAGUCCAUCUAUAUGGUAUAGAUCACUGGUGGCUGGUAGCACUUUAAGUCGGAGGACAGGCUAAUGGCUGGAAUGGACUGAAUGGAAUGGUAUCAAACAAAUGGUUUCCAUUCCAUUCACUUCAUUACAGCUGUAAUUAUGAGCCGUCCUCCCCUCACCAGCCUCCUCUGGUAUAGAGGCUCAGUAAACUAUCAAUAGGCCAGAUCAGUAACAUGUCAAUUGCAUGUCUGUGAACUUGCAACAGGAAAUGAUCUAUAGAUGUACAUUCUGUAGGCCUUCACAGUAAUUACAGUAUAGAUACAGUGGUGUGAAAAAGUGUUUGCCCCCUUCCUGAUUUCUUAUUUGUUUGCAUGUUUGUCACACUUAAAUGUUUCAGAACAUCAAACAAAUUUAAAUAUUAGUCAAAGAUAUUUAAUGAAGGUUUUGAAAUGAAGGUUGUUAUUAUUAAGGGAAAACAAAAUCCAAACCUACAUGGCCCUGUGUGAAAAAGUGUUUGCCCCCUGUUAUAACACAACUCAACUGUAGUUUAUCACACCUGAGUUCAAUUCCUCUAGCCACACCCAGGCCUAAUUACUUCCACACCUGUUCUCAAUCAAGGAAUCACUUAAAUAGGACCUGCCUGACAAAGUGAAGUAGACCAAAAGAUCCUCAAAAGCUAGACAUCAUGCAGAGAUCCAAAGCAAUUCAGGAACAAAUGAGAAAGAAAGUAAUCAGUCUGGAAAAGGUUAUAAAGCCAUUUCUAAAGCUUUGGGACUCCAGGGAACCACAGUGAGAGCCAUUAUCCACAAAUGUCGAAAACAUGGAACAGUGGUGAACCUUCCCAGGAGUGGCCGGCCGACCGAAAUUACCCCAAGAGCGCAGCGACGACUCAUCCAAAGAGCUGCAGGCCUCACUGUUUUGCUGCUUCAGGACCUGGAAGACUUGCUGUGAUAAAUGGAACCAUGAAUUCUUCUGUCUACCAAAAAAUCCUGAAGGAGAAUGUCCGGUCAUCUUUUCGUGACUUCAAGCUGAAGCAAACCUGGGUUCUGCAGCAGGACAAUGAUCCAAAACACACCAGCAAGUCCACCUCUGAAUGGCUGAAGAAAAACAAAAUGAAGACUUUGGAGUGGCCUAGUCAAAGUCCUGACCUGAAUCCUAUUGAGAUGCUGUGGCAUGACCUUAAAAAGGCAGUUCAUGCUCGAAAACCCUCCAAUGUGGCUGAAUUACAACAAUUCUGCAAAGAUGAGUGGGACAAAAUUCCUCCACAGCGCUGUAAAAGACUCAUUGCAAGUUAUCGCAAACGCUUGAUUGCAGUUGUUGCUGCUAAGGGUGGCCCAACCAGUUAUUAGGUUGUAGGGGGCAAUCACUUUUUCACACAGGGCCAUGUGGGUUUGGAUUUUGUUUUCCCUUAAUAAUAACAACCUUCAUUUCAAAACUGCAUUUUGUGUUUACUUGUGUUAUCUUUGACUAAUAUUUAAAUUUGUUUGAUGAUCUGAAACAUUUAAGUCUGACAAACAUGCAAACAAAUAAGAAAUCAGGAAGGGGGCAAACACUUUUUCACACCACUGUAUGUGCAGCCUUUGUCAGUAUACUAGAUAUACAUGUUCACCCUAUACAUUGUAAUCUAAGAGAUCCAUAUAGCCGGGGUCAUUAGGUUGCGUCCCAGUCACAUGAGGCUAGCUAUAGAUUUUCUACCUGUGUUGUUGUCGUUUUUCCACUUGAAUGAAGGCCUGGCUGUUUGUGUAACAACCUUGUGUUUUUUGUCAUUUUGUCUCCUAAUUGCACUGAGCUCUGGUAGUGUGUUCUCACUUUAAUCACCCUCACUUAAGCCACAUAAAGCCUAUACCGUUGAGCAAAGAUAUUAUAGUUUAUUGACAAGAUGACUGCCAAUAUUAACAAUAGGAAUCAGUGUAGACAGGUGGGAGGAGUUGGAAGCAGGUGCAGGUUGGAAUUUAUUGGGAUGACUCAUGUGCUUGAGGCAGCUGUACAGGGUAGUCACUAGCUGGCACAGCCACAAACUCAUACAAUCAGAUGUUAAACCUUACCCUAACCUUAACCACACUGCUAACCUUAUGCCUAACCUUAAAUUAAGACCAAAAAGCAACAACAAAAAAAUCAUGCAUUUUUACAAUAUAUAGGCAAUUUUGACUUUGCAGCUGGCCCAUCUAGUGGCAAUCACUCAGCUCUGCCUCCAGGACAAGAUUCAUCCCAAUAAAUGUCAACCUGUGCGCAGGCGGGAACUCUGAUAUAAAGUGUUUUUUCUCAAAGUUGGUGGGAUGUCUCAUGUGUGUGUGGAUGUCUGUGGAUGUACACUCUUAGAAAACAAGGUGCAAUCUAGAGCCUUAAAACCUUUUACUGCAGUGGGCUAAAUCAGGGUCACACAGAGUGUUUCUUGGUAGUCUUAAACAAAUCUACUUUGAAACAAAAGUAUACACCUCACAGACAUGGUUAUGGGCUCACAAAAAAGAAGACACCUGUACCAUGUCAGAUAUAGAGUUUAAAUGUAUUCAAUUUUGAGUUUGCAUCCCAAUAUUACACUUAAUAUACAUCACAGAAUACUGAAAUAUAACAAAACUGUUUGACAUAGAAACACAUGAUUUUCGUUUCCAAAGAGGGCGCUUUUGGUCAUUGACUGCAGGAAAGGGCUACAUGGUUCUUCAGCUGUCCCCAUAAGAGAGAACCCUUUGAAGAACCCUUUUGGCUUCCAGGUAGAACCCUUUCUACAAAUGGGUUCUACAUGGAACCAAAAAUGGUUCUACCUGGAACCAAAAAGGGUUCUCCUAGGGGUACAGCCGAACAACCAUGUUGGAACCUUUUUUUCUAAGAGUGUAUACAUAAUGCCUCUUGGUGUGUCUCAGGAGUCCCAUGGACGCUGCACACCUGGUUGGAGUCUCUGCGGACGUGUUUCCUGCAGCACCGGAGACCACUGAUCCAGGGCCUGCUCAAGGAGUUCAGCUGUAUCGAGGAGGAGGAGUACACACAGGAGCUCAUCACCCAUGGCCUGCCACUCUUGUUUCAGAUCCUACGAGCCAGCAAGGUGACUGAAUAUCAAGGCCUCUAUUCAAAAAGUGUCUCAGACGAUUGCUGAUCUAGGAUCAGGUCCCCCCCUCUUAUUCAUUAUGAUCUUAAAGGCAAAAGUGAUUCUAGAUCAGCACUCUUACUCUGAGUCAGGCGCAAAUGUCACCAUCUGCCUUCUGCUUUUCUCCAUAUCCACAUCCCACUUUCUGUCAACUUUCAACCAUAUUUGAAAGUUGACAGAUCCCAACACACAAUCCCUCUCUGUCCCGUGUCUCUUCAUCCCCAUAACCCCCUCUUUGUCUCCUUUUCUCUCCUGACAGUGAAGAUAAUCAUGUCUUCUCUCUGCUUCACAACCCUUAAGAAAUAACCUAUAGUUAUUCUAAUUUCCUCCUAUGGGCCAUGGUCAAACGUAGUGCACUAAAUAGGGAAUAGGGUGGCAUUUGGAACUCAUCCUAUUUGUCUUCCUGUGAUUAUAUAAUACAGCCCUCAGCUUCACAGUGACUGACAGAAUCACGCAGGCCCAAUCCAUUUAAAUUAGUGCGUUGAUUUAUGAUUUAUGCCCUCCGGUUCUAACUUACGUACCCAGUCUUGAAAAACCCACCCUUCUCUCUUUAUCCCCUCAAGAUUCACUGCAGCAUUAGAUCCAACAGAAUAUCUCAAUAAUAUAUUAUAACUAGACUCUCCUAUCUUAAGUAUAACCAUAGAAUGCCUUUUAUUUUAUUCCCAGUCUAACUUUUGGCCUGUCAUGUAGUAGGGUUUGUGCAUUAUUGCUGAGAGAGAGCAGAUGAACACACACACAUGCACAUGGGCACUCACACAGAAACGCAAUCACACACACUUACGCACACACACACACUCUCUCACACACACACAAACACACACUUAUGAGCACUCUCGUGGACACACACAGACACAAACAUGCCCACACACACAGACACACAUUGCCCUCUCCUGUCCCAUUCCAGCAGCCGCCCUUGUCCCUGUCAGGGUUGAUCUAUGGCGGAGGCAGUGACCCCAUCUCUCUGAGACCCCAGGGACCCCCGUCACUGUUUGUUCUGUCAUAUCCCCGCUAAUGAUGUGUGACUUAAAGGUAGAGAACAUUCAUCUUCCUCUAGUCAGACUGAGUGUGUGCCGGUCUGUUCACACCUCCUUGUUUAACACACACAAGGGAAGGCUGACGCACAACAGAGAGUGAGUGACACAGAGAACAUUUGUACAUUUGUUUUUCUGUUCAUGAUGUGAUAUGAGAAUUUGCCUGUGUUAUGUUGUAUAAAAAUGUAUGCACUCACUACUGUAAGUCGCUCUGGAUAAGAGCGUCUGCUAAAUGACAAAAAUGUAAAUGUAGUUCUACUGUGUCUCACAGGAGGGUAUACAUCAGGUAUUCGUGUGACACAUUUUAAUAGCUUUUGUUUGUACAACUACGCAAGCUUAACCUGUGUCUGGAAAGUAGAAAAACACAUUAACCUCCUUGUGGAGUGAAGUGGCUGGUAAUUGAUGUUGGAGGCGUCAUGCUAGCGUGGAUUUGUUGAAUACACAGGGGAAUUGUUCUAUAAAGCGCACCGGUCCGUUGCGUAUGUGCGCGUGUGUGUGUGCGUGCGCGUGUGUGAAGCGGGUGUGUGCAUGCUACUACCCCUCUCCCUUCUCUCCCAUAGGCCCUAGUACCACACACAGUGACUCAGACACACCCUACGAUAGGAGAGGCCCAUUCUGUCCCCAGAGACGUCUCACACUCAAGCCUGACAUAUUAUGUUUAUCAUAGUCGUGUGGGUAUACAGCACAGAAAACAGCAUUAUAGCUACUAUACAUCAGUGUGAUAUUCACCCCGUCCACAGAUAAAGGGUGGAUCACCUGAUGUCUGCAAGUGGCCUUAAUUAAUGGUUGACUGUGAGCUACUGUGACUUGUGAUAUUUGAAGAUUUGGGAGUGAAUGUGGUAGUGGAUAUCUAUACAUGAAUAUGCCUUUUAAAUUGUGGGUAUGGAGUAAUCUCGGAACCCAGAACCAAAUUCUCUCAUGAAUGCUGACCUCCGGCCUGCUAAUGGAUUGCAGGUGUUGGGAGAGACUAGGUUUAUUUAGUUUAUUUAUUUAACCUUUAUUUAACCAGGUAAGCCAGUUGAGAACAAGUUCUCAUUUAUAACUGCGACCUGGCCAAGAUAAAACAAAGCUGUGCGGUAAAAACAACAACAACACAGAGUUACAUAUGGAAUAAACAAAACGUACAGUCAAUAACACAAUAGAAAAUCUGUGCAAAUGUAGUAAGUAAUAAUUACAAUUUAGUAUUAACACUGGAGUGACACUGGGGUGCAAACGAGCAAAAUAAAUAACAAUGUAAAUAACAAUAUGGGGAUGAGGUAGUUGGAUGGGCUAAUUACAGAUGGGCUGUGUACAGGUGCAGUGAUCGGUAAGCUGCUCUGACAACUGAUGCUUGAAGAUAGUGAGGGAGAUAAGUGUCUCCAGCUUCAGAGAUAUUUGCAGUUCGUUCCAGUCAUUUGCAGCAGAGAACUGGAAGGAAUGGCGUCCAAAGGAGGUGUUGGCUUUGGGGAUGACCAGUGAGAUUUACAUUUACAUUUACAUUUUAGUCAUUUAGCAGACGCUCUUAACCAGAGCGACUUACAGGAGCAAUUAGGGUUAAGUGCCUUGCUCAAGGGCACAUUAACGUCAUUUAGCAGACGCUCUUAGCCAGAGCGACUCACAAAUUGGUGCGUUCACCCUAUAGCCAGUGGGAUAACCACUUUACAAUUUGGGGGGGGGGGGGGGUUAGAAGGAAUACUUUAGCCUAUCCCAGGUAUUCCUUAAAGAGGUGGGGUUUCAAAUGUCUCCGGAAGGUGGUGAGUGACUCCGCUGUCCUGGCGUCGUGAGGGAGCUUGUUCCACCAUUGGGGUGCCAGAGCAGCGAACAGUUUUGACUGGGCUGAGGGGGAGCUGUGCUUCCGCAGAGGAAGGGGAGCCAGCAGGCCAGAGGUGGAUGAACGCAAUGUCCUCGUUUGGGUGUAGGGACUGAUCAGAGCCUGAAGGUACAGGGGUGCCGUUCCCCUCACUGCUCCAAAGGCAAGCACCAUGGUCUUGUAGCGGAUGCGAGCUUCAAUUGGAAGCCAGUGGAGUGUGCGGAGGAGGGGGGUGACGUGAGAGAACUUGGGAAGGUUGAACACCAGACGGGCUGCGGCAUUCUGGAUGAGUUGUAGGGGUUUAAUGGCACAGGCAGGGAGCCCAGCCAACAGCGAGUUGCAGUAGUCCAGACGGGAGAUGACAAGUGCCUGGACCAGGACCUGCGCCGCUUCCUGUGUAAGGCAGGGUCGCACUCUCCGAAUGUUGUAGAGCAUGAACCUGCAGGAGCGGGUCACCGCCUUGAUGUUGGCGGAGAACGACAGGGUGUUGUCCAGGGUCACGCCUAGGCUCUUCGCACUCUGGGAGGAGGACACAGCGGAGUUGUCUACCGUGAUGGCGAGAUCAUGGAACGGGCAGUCCUUCCCGGGGAGGAAGAGCAACUCCGUCUUGCCAGGGUUCAGCUUGAGGUGGUGAUCCGUCAUCCAUACUGAUAUGUCUGCCAGACAUGCAGAGAUGCGAUUCGCCACCUGGUGAUCAGAAGGGGGAAAGGAGAAGAUUAGUUGUGUAUCGUCAGCGUAGCAAUGAUAGGAAAGGCCAUGUGAGGAUAUGACAGAGCCAAGUGACUUGGUGUAUAGGGAGAAAAGGAGAGGGCCCAAAACCGAUCCCUGGGGGACACCAGUGGUGAGAGCACGUGGUGCGGAGACAGCUUCCCGCCACGCCACUUGGUAGGAGCGACCGGUCAGGUAGGACGCAAUCCAGGAGUGAGCCGCGCCGGAGAUGCCCAUUUCGGAGAGGGUGGAGAGGAGGAUCUGAUGGUUCACAGUAUCAAAGGCAGCAGACAGAUCUAGAAGGACAAGAGCAGAGGAGAGAGAGUUAGCUUUAGCAGUGCGGAGAGUCUCUGUGACACAGAGAAGAGCAGUCUCAGUUGAAUGACCAGUCCUGAAACCUGAUUGGUUUGGAUCAAGAAGGUCAUUCUGAGAGAGAUAGCAAGAGAGUUGGCUAAAGACGGCACGCUCAAUAGUUUUGGAAAGAAAAGAAAGAAGGGAUACUGGUCUGUAGUUGUUGACAUCAGUGGGGUCGAGUGUUGGUUUUUUGAGAAGGGGAGUAACUCUCGCUCUCUUGAAGACGGAAGGGACAUGGCCAGCGGUCAAGGAUGAGUUGAUCAGCGAGGUGAGGUAGGGGAGAAGGUCACCGGAGAUGGUCUGGAGAAGGGAGGAGGGGAUGGGGUCAAGCGGGCAGGUUGUUGGGCGGCCUGCAGUCACAAGUCGCAGGAUCUUAUCUGGAGAGAGAGGGGAGAAAGAAGUCAAAGCAUAGGGUAGGGCAGUGUGAGCAGGACCAGCAGUGUCAUUAGGCUUAACAAACAAGGAUCGGAUGUCGUCAACCUUCUUUUCAAAGUGGUUGACGAAGUCAUCCACAGAGAGAGAGGAGGGGGGGAGGGGGGGGGGGAGGAUUCAGGAGGGAGGAAAAUGUGGCAAAGAGCUUCCUAGGGUUAGAGGCAGAUGCUUGGAAUUUAGAGUGGUAGAAGGUGGCCUUAGCAGCAGAAACAGAUGAAGAAAAUGUAGAGAGGAGGGAGUGAAAAGAUGCCAGGUCGGCAGGGAAUUUAGUUUUCUUCCAUUUCCGCUCCGCUGCCCGGAGCUCUGUUCUGUGAGCUCGCAAUGAGUCAUCAAGCCACGGAGCUGGAGGGGAGGACCGAGCCGGCCGUGAGGAUAGGGGACACAGAGAGUCAAAGGAUGCAGAAAGGGAGGAGAGGAGGGUUGAGGAGGCAGAAUCAGGAGAUUGGAGGGAGAAGGAUUGAGCAGAGGGAAGAGAUGAUAGGAUGGAAGAGGAGAGAGUAGUGGGAGAGAGAGAGCGAAGGUUGCGGCGGCGCAUUACCAUCUGUGUAGGGGCAGAGUGAGUAGUGUGGGAGGAGAGUGAGAGAGAAAAGGAAACAAAGUAGUGGUCGGAGACUUGGAGGGGAGUUGCAGUGAGAUUAGUAGAGGAGCAGCAUCUAGUGAAGAUGAGGUCAAGCGUAUUGCCUGCCUUGUGAGUAGGGGGGGACGGUGAGAGGGUGAGGUCAAAAGAGGAGAGGAGUGGAAAGAAGGAGGCAGAGAGAAAUGAGUCAAAUGUGGACAUAGGGAGGUAUACCUGCUGGAACGCAUACUACGGGUGGGUGUUGCUAUGGUGACCAAUGAGCUAAGAUAAGGCAGGGAUUUGCCUAGAAGUGAUUUAUAGAUGACCUGGAGCCAGUGGGUUUGGCGACGAAUAUGUAGUGAGGGCCAGCCAACGAGAGCGUACAGGUCACAAUGGUGGGUAGUAUAUGGGGCUUUGGUGACAAAACGGAUGGACUACAUCCAAUUUGCUGGGUAGAGUGUUGGAAGCUAUUUUGUAAAUGACAUCGCCGAAGUCAAGGAUCGGUAGGAUAGUCUGUUUUAUGAGGGCAUGUUUAGCAGCAUGAGUGAAGGAGGCUUUGUUGUGAAAUAGGAAGCCGAUUCUAGAUUUAACAUUGAGUCUGGAAGGAGAGUUUACGGUCUAACCAGACCCCUAGGUAUUUGUAGUUGUCCACAUAUUCUAUUCUAAGCUCGUUUGGAGGUUUGUUAACACAGUGUCCAAUGAAGGGCCAGAUGUAUACAAAAUGGUGUCGUCUGCGUAGAGGUGGAUCUGAGAGUCACCAGCAGCAAGAGCGACAUCAUUGAUAUACACAGAGAAUAGAGUCGGCCUGAGAAUUGAACCCUGUGGCACCCCCAUAGAGACUGCCAGAGGUCCAGACAACAGGCCCUCCGAUUUGACACAUUGAACUCUAUCUGAGAAGUAGCUGGUGAACCAGGCGAGGCAGUCAUUUGAGAAACCAAGGCUAUUUAGUCUGCCAAUAAGAAUGCAGUGAUUGACAGAGUCAAAAGCCUUGUCCAGGUCGAUGAAGACGGCUGCACAGUACUGUCUUUUAUCGAUCGCGGUUAUUAUAUCGUUUAGGACCUUGAGUGUGGCUGAGGUGCACCCAUGACCAGCUCGGAAACCAGAUUGCAUAGCGGAGAAGGUACGGUGGGAUUCGAAAUGGUCGGUGAUCUGUUUGUUAACUUGGCUUUCAAAUACUUACGAAAGGCAGGGCAGGAUGGAUAUAGGUCUGUAACAGUUUGGAUCUAGAGUGUCACCCCCUUUGAAGAGGGGGAUGACCGCGGCAGCUUUCCAAUCUCUGGGGAUCUCAGACGAUACGAAAGAGAGGUUGAACAGGCUAGUAAUAGGGGUUGCGACAAUUUCGGCGGCUAAUUUUAGAAAGAAAGGGUCCAGAUUGUCUAGCCCAGCUGAUUUGUACGGGUCCAGGUAUGGAGUGUUGUAUCUAAGUACACAUAUAUUGUGGGUAUGGAGCGAAUAAAACCUGCCUGAUGUCUAACCCCUCCUGUCUGUUAUGUUCUAGAAUGAGGUGAUCAGCCAGCAGCUGUCAGUGAUCUUCACCCAGUGCUACGGGCCAUACCCCAUCCCCAAACUCACAGAGAUCAAAAGGAAACAGACUUCACGCCUGGGUGAGCACUAGAAUGAUGAUUUUAACACUUUGUAGCAAUAGCUCUACAUAUACACUACAUGACCAAAAGUAUAUGGACACCUGCUUGUCGAACAUCUCAUUCCAAAAUCAUGGGCAUUAAUAUGGAGUGGGAAGGCUUUCCACUAGAUGUUGGAACAUUGCUGCGGGGACUUGCUUUCAUUCAGCCACAAGAGCAUUAGUGAGAUUGGGCACUGAUGUUGUUGUUACGCUAUGGUUAACCCAGCACUCAGAGAAACAAAACACGACUAAGGGAGUGGAGGAAACAAAAAUAUUUUAAUAAAAGUUCAAUUUGUCUUAGUCCAAAAAACAACUGAAGAAAAGGAACAGAGUGGGCUAGUCGGCUCCGGAGGAAGGAGAGGCUGAGGCAGGCAGGCAGGCAGGCAGGAAGGCAAGCAGGCAGGUUGGGAGGUAUGUCUGAACUGAAGACAAAACAAACGACAGGUUAAGGAGAGUAAAAAGCCAGGCUGAAGACAAAGACAAUUAAACUUUACUGGUGAGCCAAGUUACCGCUCUAGUAAGAACAACGAUCUGGCGCCGGUGGAGAGCCAUGCCCAGGAAUUAGUAGUGCAGGUUGAUGAGAGAAUAGGAUGCAGCUGCGUAGGCAGGAAUCACUGGAAACAACCCGCAGCUGCACAGGAGAGGCAGAUCCUGAGCACGCCCCCCGAUCCACUCCAGACACACCCACAUAAUGGGGACAAACACACAUACAGAAACAACAGACAAAGAGGGGACAAAACAAGGAGGAAGGGAAACAGAAAAGGGAGAGACAAGCUGCCCACAUAACAGUUGUGUGCGAUUAGGCCUCACAGUCGGCAUUCCAAUUCAUCCCAAAGGGGUUCGAUGGGGUUGAGGUCAGGGCUCUGUGCAGGCCAGUCAAGUUCUUCCUCACCGAUCUCGACAAACCAUUUCUGUAUGGACCUCGCUUUGUGCACGGUGGCAUUGUCAUGCUGAAACAGGAAAGGGCCUUCCCAAACUGUUGCCACAAAGUUGGAAGCACAGAAUCGUCUAGAAUAGCAUUCAUUGUAUGCUGUAGAGUUAAGAUUUCCCUUCACUGGAAUUAUGGGGCCUAGCCCGAACCAUGAAAAACAGCCCCAGCCCAUUAUUCUUCCUCCACCAAACUUUACAGUUGGCACUAUGCAUUCGGGCAGGUAGCGUUCUCCUGCCAUCCGCCAAACCCAAAUUCUUCUGUCGGACUGCCAGAUGGUGAAGCGUGAUUCAUCACUCCAGAGAACAUGUUUCCACUGCUCCAGAGUCCAAGCUUUACACUACUCCAGCCGACGCUUGGCAUUGCGCAUGGUGAACUGAGGCUAGGAUGCGGCUGCUCGGCCAUGGAAACCCAUUUUAUGAAGCUCCCGGUGAACAGUUCUUGUGCUGACGUUGCUUCCAAAGGCAGUUUGGAACUCGGUACUGAGUGUUGCAACCGAGGAUAGACGACUUGUAUGCGCUACUCGCUUCAGCCCUCGGCGGUCCCGUCUGUGAACUUGUAUGUCCUACCACUUUGCAGCUGAGCCGUUGUUGCUCCUAGACGUUUCCACUUCACAAUAACAGCACUUACAGGUGACCGGGGCAGCUCUAGCAGGGCAGAUAUUUGACGAACAGACUUGUUGGAAAGGGUGCCACGUUGAAAGUCACUGAGCCCUUCAGUAAGGCCAUUCUACUGCCAAUAUUUGUCUAUUGAAAUUGCAUGGCUGUGUGCUCAAUUUUAUACACCUGUCAGCAAUUGGUGUGGCUGAAAUAGUCAAAUCCACUAAUUUGAAGGGGUGUCCACAUACUUUUGUAUAUAUAGGGUAUCACACUGCACAGAUUCACACGAACAAAGAGACAUGUGCCAUAGUGGCUAAAGAUAGUAAUAAACUGGACAUUGAGAAGUGACUUGGAAUACAUGAUGAAUCUGUAUGCAUUCCAGACCCUCACUUCCUGAACAACAAGGAUAUGUCAGAUGUGACCUUCCUAGUGGAGGGGAAGCCCUUCUACGCCCACAAAGUCCUGCUCUUCACUGCCUCCGGCAGGUCAGAACACUGCACUGCACUCUCUCUCUCUCUCUCUCACACACACACACACACACACACACACACACACACACACACACACACACACACACACACACACACACACACACACACAGACAACAGACACACAGGGCAAGUUUUCCGGACACAGAUUAACCUAGUCCUGGACUAAAACACACUUUCAAUGGAGAUUCUCCAUUCAUGAUUUCUAAUCUAGGAUAGGCUUAAACUGCAUCUGGGCAUAUUCCUACAUCUCCCCUAGCCCCUAGAUCUGAAAUGAUUGGAUAAAUGUAAGCGAUAUGGUAUAAAUUCCACCAAAUCUAUCUGAGGGCAAGUGAGAGCUUUUCCUGAUCAGGCCACUAAAAACUCCUGUCCCCAACUAUCCAUACAUAACUGAAAAUCAUUUGAUCUAUAUAUUUUACAUGUGUUUGUGUUUCACCAUAUAGAUCUGGAUACUGGGCCAUCUGUACUCUGCUUACACCAUUGACACACACACACACACACACACUCACACACACACACACACACACAGCUAACUGGUUAGCGAUUGCACAUUGGCUACACAAUGAUGAAAAAUAUGACUGACUGCAGAUAUGUUGAGACUGCGUCAAUAUUGUCAGUGUGUUGAUCCAUAAUGUCAUUUUUUCUGGCCUUUGGGACCCUAAGAAUACUCUCACUUCAGAUCCUGUCACAUGGCAUUAAGGAUGAUUGACCCGAUGGGUCAUACAGUGAGUGAGGGCUUGUCACAAGAUGGUUGAUGUCCUUGACGAUGCUCUGUUGACGUGUUCUGGAGAUCUGGUGGUAUGUGUCAAGGGCCUUGUAAAAACCCAUUUAAAUGGAUGUGAACCAUUACCUUAUCUAUACCGUAAAAUACACCAUUUUCUUUCAGUGAUUACGUUUUACUCUGUAACAUAGAAUACAGUGUAUGACUUGAUCACAACAGUGAUUACGGUUUUCAUUGGUGAAGUGUAAAGACCAUGAAUGAAACAAUUGUGAAUCAAGGUUUAUUACGGUAAUAUCAACCAAGAUAAGGUAUCUAAUUCCUAAUUUUCUCUAUCUCUUUUGUAUUUAUCUCUUACUUUCUCUCUCCCCUCCUCAAGGUUUAAGUCUCUUCUGGCAAACAGACCAGCUGCUGAAAACACAUGUAUUGAAAUCAGCCACGUCAAAUACAACAUAUUCCUGGUAUGUUCAAAGAGAAAACAACCAUUCUGUUUACUUAGACAUCUGUUUUCUCCUUACAAUUUAAUCAUAUAUAUACAUAGAUCCAGACAUGUGCACAGAUAGAGCUCUACCUGUGCAGAGCACAUGCCCCUUUGCCCUUCCAGUUUCUAAAGUGCCCUUUUUGUUUUCGGGAAAAAUAUGUGUAAUUUACAGUGUUGGGGAAGCUACUCUGAAAAUAUAGUUUACCAUGCUACCAAUUACUUCACACUGGAAGAAGUUAAGCUACACUAAAGCUACCCUUAAGAAACAUAUAGUUUACUUAACUAAAGUUACUUUGAAAACGUAGUUCACUACAUCCAAACUACUUUGUGAUAAAUUAUCAUAUCUAAAUCUGAAAUGUCGUAGACUACAAAUUGCAAGAACAGAUCAUUUUUGGGUCAAAUGUUAACAGAAUGUGUCAUUUAGCCGAUUAAACACAAAAACUAUGUUUCAAGUGAGAAUUAGGUAGGUCUGAUGCUGAAAAAGAAAGUAAAUUCUUACCUACUUUACCCAUAUUUUUCUAGUUCCAGUAGUUAGCUACACCACUACAUGGCAAAAAAGUUAUUAACUACUGAAAACACUACCAAGAUUUUAAUUUAGUUCAACAACCACCAAGCUACUGCAAAAUGUAGUUCAAUUACUAGUUGAACUAUGUGUAGUUCACUACUCCCCGUCACUGGUCGUUUAAUUAGCCAUUAAGAUUUGGCUGUCUAUUGCUUUUAUGUAACUUAAUAAUCAAAGUCAUAAUUGCUCAACGAGUCUGUGACCGGGUCGUGCAGAAAUUCUUUUUUUGGGUGCCGUUUUUGUUGUUUGAGCACCUGCCCCGCAAAAGGUCUAUGCAUGGGACUGCAUAUAUCAUAUAACAUGGUGAUACAUUCUCAAAAGGGACUAUUCAUACAAAAAAAGAACCCAGAUUAUUUCCCAUGACAAAUCCAUUUCCAGGUUGACUGAGUCUAUGUUGUGUGAACGUUGUGUAAACGUCAGUUCUCACUACUGUUACAGCUGGUGAUGCAAUACCUGUACUGCGGUGGGACGGAGCAUCUGCACAUUAGAAACACAGAGAUUAUGGAGGUAAGACUGUUACAGUGGCUCACUUCUGGACAUUGUCAGUCAUACUGAGUCAUAACCUCUAAGAUGCAGUGAUACCUAGACUGAUAUGGAUGUGUCAAUGUGGAUACAAGUACAAUGUAGAGACUUCCUGAUAUGAGAAGAUUAAUAUUCUAUCUGUCACAGUUAGUGAGAAGCAGUAAUACAAUAUGUCCAACAACGUUUAAUACUUUUCCUAGCCUGGACCCAAAUCUGUGUCAUUGUGACCAUAGGUCAGGAGUUAAGGCAGCACAAAUAGAUCUGCUACCAGGCCAUAACUGUCCUCUUUUCUGGUGUGUGCAGCUGCUGUCAGCGGCCAAGUUCUUCCAGCUGGAGGCGCUGCAGAGGCACUGUGAGGUCAUUUGCUCUAAGAACAUCAACACAGAAACCUGUGUGGAGAUCUACACCCACACCAAGGUGAGUGGGUCAAGUUGAGUUGAGAAUGUAUGUAUAUGUGGAUGGGUGGGUUUGUGGGUCUGCAUGUGCGUGUCUACUGUCUAUCCAUGCAUGUGUGAGGCCGUAGGUGUGCGUUUGUGUGUGUGAUCAUGUGUAAAUAUCUUUGCCUGUUCUUGCCUGCCUGCUAGGUGUCUCUGUGUUUGUCUGUGCUGCUGCAGUAUGCACUAUAGGCAUGUGUGUGCGUGUGAACAAACAUGUAUAGGUUAGGCAUACAUCUCAAACUAGGCAACACUCAUCUGUUCUCCAACCUUUUGCUCUAUCAGUUCCUGGACGCCCCAGAGUUGGCUGCCUACAUCGAGGGCUACUUCCUGAAGAACAUGGUGGUGCUGAUCGAGCUGGAGCCCUUCAAAACGCUGCUGUACGACACGCCCCCAGGCAGCCCCGCCACGGACGUACUCCUGGAUCUGGAGAAGACCCUUGGCAUCCGCAUACAGUCCAUCCACCUGUCCUCCUCCAAGGGCUCCAUCGUCUGAUUGGUUGAUUGAUUGAUUGAGCUGCUACUGGGACUGGAAUUGUCCAUCUGUCACCAUUGUCCCCAGUACAAUACAUACCUGUACUGAACCACACUCAGCAGAAAUGCUGUUGAAUCACUUGCUGUGCUGACACACGUCAUCGCCAUUCCCCUGCAGCCUACUGAGCCUAGGUCCGAGCAGUUAGGCAAAGUGGACAACGCUGGAACCUCAGAAAUGGUGAAAAUUACAUUUCCGUAGAGCUGUAAUAAAGCUGAUUGAUCACAGCAAUAGUGGGACUAUAUCCCUGAGACCCAGUGAGAAGAGUGUGUGUAUCUGGGAUCAUUUGUAAAGCUCCAGUCAACAUUGCUUCGCUCCUUGACAUUAGUCUCCAGACUGCAGUCGUACCUGCCAUUGUCCACUUGUAUUCUGGACAGAAUCAUUCUUGGUACUUUUCUUAGAAUUGUUCUGCAAUCCUACAUAGCUUUAUAGUCUAUUUAUGACUGGACCUAGCGAAACUAAACAUAAGAGCAGACCUGGGUUCAAAUACU